AUGAGAUACUGGCUUGUGUUUGGGGUCUUUGCGUCUUAUAUAUCUUCUGUGAAGGGCUAUAGUCUCAUCCGCGAAUACUCGGGGCAGAGCUUCUUCGAUCGCUGGGACUUCUAUGGCGAUUAUGACAACCUAACUGCAGGUAAUGUCAUGUGGGCCAACGAGUCCUAUGCAGCCAGUCAGAAGCUGGCGUACAUAGACAGUCGAGGAAAUGCCAUCAUCAAAGUGGACAACACAACAAACGUGCCUUUGGGCCAGAACCGUAGCACAGUUCGCAUAACAAGUCAAGACACAUAUGAUAUCGGAAGCGUUUGGAUAAUCGACCUCAGUCACAUACCGUUUGGAUGCUCGGUAUGGCCCGCAUUUUGGACUUUUGGGCCCAACUGGCCGGAGGAUGGGGAAAUAGAUAUCAUCGAGGCCAUCAAUAUGAUGACCUAUAACCAAAUGAGUAUCCAUACCAUGCCAGGAUGCACUGAUAAUGGAUCAGAAUAUCAACUUGGUAUAAGCGGCCCAACGACCGACUGUUCUCAACCCCCUGGAUGCACAGUGAUGGAAACUUCUCCGAAUAGUUAUGCAGGCGAUUUUGCGGCAGCUGGCGGGGGAGUUUGGGCAACGCAAUUUGAUGUAUCGGGUAUCUUUAUCUGGUUCUGGAGUCGCCCCAACAUACCUGCUUCCAUCAAUCAAGCUAAUUCAUCUUCGGUGGACGUCACUCAAUGGGGAACUCCGCAUGCCAGUUAUUUUUCUAACACUUGCAACAUUACCCAGUUCUACACCCCGCAGAACCUGGUUUUAGAUAUUACUCUUUGCGGAGUCUGGGCAGGUGUUGGAUCAAACUAUGCUUCGACGUGUGCCAACGCAGGUCCAACAGGUCAAUGUUACGAGGACUGCGUAGUCGGGCCUGGAAGUCCACGAUAUGAUGAUGCAUAUUUCAACAUAUCAUAUGUUCGUGCAUAUACCUCUGCUCUACCAUCUGCCACUGCCACUGCAACGAUGUCCACCUAUCCUACAAGGGUAACGGCUACACGUCAAAGUGGGAAAUCCACGCGAAACUACGAUAACAAUGGGUGGAGUGCGAUUCGGACACCGUCAUGCUACGGCAAUCUAUAG